UUUGGGGGAGGAUCUCCAAAUGGACGACAACGAGAGACAGGAUGUGUCUUGCUUUGCAGUCCACUUCCUUUCAUCAGGACAAGGGUCUUCUGGUAGUACUACCCAACUAUUUAAGACAAGAAGUAGAAAUUAAUAUUAAAUAAGAACUUCCUGCGGCGCUGGCAUUCAUGACUCGUGAAGGAAGUUAAAAGGUCUCAAACAGUUGGAGUGGACUGUACACAGAGGGUGAAUAAUUCAGGCGACUAUUUUAAUCAAUUGUUUUGUAAGGAGGAGAAACAUGUUUGCCGGUCCUUUAGCGCUAUGACAUGUGCUUUAGGCAUUAUCGAAUCAGUGCACUCCCACCAGUUGGGCCGAAACCCCCUUGCCACAUCAAUCAUCUAGGUGCACACAUUCCAAAGGUCGUUCAUUACGGAGUCAAGGAAAGAAAAUAAAGGAGAACUUUGAGUCGGGGUUGGAUCUGGAGACUCCUUUUAUUGUGUGUUUUGUCAGGAGACGGAAUGGGACGUGUGCUUGUUCAGUAGAAGUUCUCCUUCCUUGUUUUGAGGGAAGUUUGGAGUAUGAUGCAGGAUUCGUUGUGAUUUGUUCUUUGUGAGGGGGAUGGUGGUGAGGAGGAUGGCAUCCUCGACAAUACCGGUGUCCAGGUACCAAACUCUUCUCAGGAUUCAAUUUGGAACAUUAAUCCAGGCCAAGUCUGAUAGUGAUAGACAAGAUCAGAAUACAGUGCUAACAGUGUGCUAUCCAAAGGAAGAGAAGAGAGAAAGCAUCCAGGAGUCUAAACCAGUCUUUUACUUCAGGGACUCAGAACCUCAAGAUUCCACCUGGAAGGGUCCUCGGAAGGUGACUCUACAACGACGGUCUAAUGGCUUCGGGUUUACUCUACGUCACUUUAUUGUCUACCCACCUGAAUCGGCUGUGGCAGAACUCAAUAGAUUACAGGAGACCGGCGGAGAUGGACCCAAGGCAAAGAGCCGCAUCUCUGCCCUGGAGCCGAUGGAUACGAUCUUUGUAAAGCAGGUGAAAUCGGACGGCCCCGCCCACCAAGCCGGUCUAGCGAAUGGAGAUCGUAUAGUGUCUGUCAACGGAGAGAGUGUCACAGGCAAGACUUAUCAACAAGUGGUCAACCUUAUACAACUAUGUAAAUACAGUGACACCAACCUGACUCUGUUUGUUGUCCCGCGGGAAGAAGACAUCCUGCAAGUUGCCUAUCCAUCUUCCGCAUACAAAGCUGUCAAUCCAUCAUCCAAACAGAUGGACCAGAGUAGCACCUUGCCCCAAGAUCAGGGUAGGAAAGACACCAACCCAAGCAGUAAUCUCUCAUCGAUGUCCGAUGAUAAUGACGUGGUCGUGGUUGGUAAGGGUGUGGAAUGUGAAGAUACCGAGUCAGUCAAAGAGAGGAGUGACAUUAGUUACCUUACGGACUCACCAGCAUGCAAUGUAUCGGAACAUAGGAGCCAGACAAAAUUUUUGACGUCAACGCCAAAUGCUGAUGUGUAUCGUAAUGAAAAGAAUGAACGGAAGGUUGUAGACUCUAGGCAACAGUACAAGGUCCAACGUGUGACGGCUUCUACGAUCAACCAUGAAUCUUCAGGACCUAUGAAGGUGACGUUGGUUAAUCCAUCCAGUGGGGAGUCAUCACAAGGGUCAAAAGAGCAGAGGACAUUCCGCUUAACAAAUGUUAUCAAUUCUCAAAGUAAACAGCCAAAUAAUCUUGCUGCAUUGGAAGGUGUCUCAGACACUCCUGAACAACCCAACCCCCAACCUCAGAGACAUGUAGCGUCACUCAAGAGUUAUUAUGAAGCAGCCAAACUUGCCAAUUCCCCACACGUGUCAAAUGAACCUGCAGAAACCUCAAAGACUUCUACAAGCCGGGGCCACAGUUCUAGCGUGGACAAUUUACUUUCUUCUUCAGGGUUUUCCCCUACACAAGCAGUGCUUAGGAUUCAACCCCAAAGAGGAAUGAACGGAUCCUCCUCUUGUGAUGAUCUAUGUAACGCUGCUUCCCGUUCAGAGGUUGGGAGGCUGAACCGACAGGUUAGUAUUAUCAAUGGACAAAGUGUGCAGAGAACUGAGGAAGACUCAACUGAUGGAGCAAUGCAUACAUGGAAAAAUGAACAAGAGAGUGUUAAAGUAAGUAGAAGUACCGGACUCCUGAAAACAUCCUUACGUGUUGAUGAGCCGGAUGUUUCUCAUGAAGCAUCUCUCAAAGGAGAGGAGUACUCUACUCAUGCAACACGUGUAACUGUCUCCGCUUCGGUGUCUGCAGAUAACCUCUCGCAGAAUGCCAGGAAUAUCAAUGUGUCUCCGAAACGUGAACCGAGGCGGGCAACCGUGAACCAUGACUCUAAGAACAUUCCCAGUGUUUCCUCCAAUGCUCUUGUGCCAAUGUCCCGAUCCCAAACCUUAGCAUCUGGAAGAGUAGUCCAUCUAUCUAAUCAGCAUCAGCUACUCCCAGAUAAGCCCCAGGACAGUAAGGUCUACUGGGACAAGAAACCUAGCUCAACAGAGCAGGUGGACGAAUUGAACUUAACAGUCAGUGAUGGCUCCUUCUUCUCUUGGAAGCGAACCGGAUCAAGGAGAGGUUCUUGUGACAGUGACGGAAGCGGAGGAAAAGCUGCUACGAACAGUCAGGGAAAGACCAAGCCUCCUGUACCAAAGAGAGAUAGUAGCAGGGGUAGGGUUAGAGAGAGGAGUCUUGAGAGGGAGAAACAGAGGGAGAAGACUAUGCAUGAGAGACAUCGAAGUAGGAGCUAUGAUCGUGCACACCAGAGAACAAACUGGUCUCAGUUUCAGGCAUGCAGGAAGAACGCAACAGGUGCUGUCCCAGAGGGCAUCCAGCUUGAUGAUGGAACCUUGAUACCUCCAGGAAGGAAGGAUUCCAGCGCUAGCAGUAACAGCGCAGGAUCUGCAGGAGAAAAGGAUACAAAAAUAUUCCCAGCAUUCAAGUUUAAAAUUUGGCGAACACGGUCAGGAUCGUUCGACGUCACGCAGGAUCGACCGCGGACCUCGUCUGAUUCGGGCAUCUUCAGGUACGGCUCCUGGUCGGCAAAACGCGGAAGCGGAGGGAAGAUCCGUGAGAAGUUUACGGGCGGGUCCACCCGUCGGUUGAUGCAAUGGAAGGAAGGUGUGUCAGGAAGGCAGAGACUUGUACGGAGGACAUCGUAUCUAAGAGCGACGGGAUCGGACGGGGAAGAGGAAGAGCACGGUGACUCCGGGAGUGUCACCUCAUCUCAAGAAGGAGAUAGACCAUCAAGAGAGAAGAUUACUCCGAAGCGAAAUGCUAGCAUUCGGAAGCUGAAGUCCUUCUUUGGAGAAGGAACACCCAAGAUAGUGGAAGCGCAACAGACACGAAGGCCGUCUAUGGUUGAUUUACUUGGCAGUGGACCCGUUGCUAAAGAAGGGCCUCUUAACAUCAAGCUGGCUCCCAACCGAUCAUGGAAACCUGUAUGGGCUGUCCUCAAGGGACAGGUCAACAAACUUUUCUUGAUGAAGGAACAGAGGGACCCAUCGCAGCACCUUGGCCUCCUUGAUCAGCCCAUCAGUUUGAAUGGAUCCAACGUUGACAUCGCCUAUGAUUACACCAAGAAGAAGAAGAAUGUCAUCCGUCUUACAAGCGUUUCCGGAACCACCUACUUGCUCCAGGUUAGUGACACAGAGACGAUGCUUGCUUGGAUUAAAGUGAUUCAGGAAAACAAUGAUCCUCAGGAAGGGGAGAAAGAGAACAACUUACUGCAGCUAUUAGACAAACCUAACAAGGGUGAGACGCAACCUACUCACCAAGGCAAGGUGCCGUCACCGAGUUCUUACAGGAAGAAAUUCUUCAAGUCUGUAACCUCACCAGGCACACAGCCCAAGCCAAGACCAACAGCUAAAGAGGAAAUGCUCGCCAAGGCCAAAGCCAGCCAGAGCUUUGCAGACCGGAUGAAAAGGCACAUCCGUGGGCGUGGUCGGACAGGUGGCUAUCCGUACCCCUUGGAUGAUCCCAUGAUCGGCAAUGCUACCUUCGGAGUUCCUCUGGAGGAAUGCACUCCCUCACAGUCCAAUGAGCUUGUACCGAUGGUUAUCGAGAUCUGUUGUUCCAUCGUCGAGGCUAAGGGUAUGGACAUUGUCGGUAUCUACAGAGUUCCAGGCAACAGCGGCGGUAUCUCGUAUCUCAAAGAAGAGCUCAAGAAAGGAGUGGAUGAAAUCGAUCUUACUGACGAGCGGUGGCAAGAUGUGAACGUAAUCAGCAGCUUGCUGAAGCUGUUCUUCCGUAAGCUCCCCAACCCCCUGGUGCCCAACAACCAAUACAAGGAAUUCAUCGCAGCCAAUCGUCUAGAGGAGCCAUCAGAGAGGAUGUGGGCUCUACGCAGACAGAUCCAUAACCUUCCAGAUCAUCAUUACGAAAGCUUCAAAUACCUUGCUAACCACCUCAAAAGUGUAGCUGCCAAUGCGGACGUGAAUCGCAUGGAAGUCCGCAACCUCGCCAUCGUCUUCGGCCCCACCCUGGUCCGCUCCGGAGACGAUAGCAUGGUAACCAUGGUGACCGACAUGUCCGACCAGUGCAAGAUAGUGGAGAGCUUGAUCCUCCACUGUGAUUGGUUCUUCAGCGAUGACGUGGAGAGCCAGCAGGAUGUCCCCAGCGACGCCAUGAGGCUGAACAGCUGGGAGAAGAAGAAGGGAUCGAGACGGAGGGGAGAGGAGGAAGAGGAUGGAGGGGGUCACAGGGAGGAAGAGAAUGAGAUGGAUAAGACCGGUCCACUGAAAACAUCUUCAAUGGAAGAUGUCCAUCUUGGCGUUAGGAGCCUGUUUACUUCAAAAGACCUCAUUCUCUCUGUGAAUACUGCUGCUCAGCGAAAAAUGAAGUCACCCAACAAGCCUUACUCUCCAGACAAGAUGGACACAAGUGAAGUCAAGUACAGAAGACCUAGCCCGGAGCCCCCUCAGCUGCAUACCAUCAAACUUCAUGAUCAAGAGUCGUUGCGUCUUGCCGUCGGUCAACAACCAAUUACAAUAGAUGUCGGGGAUGAGAGGACUUUACUUGCAGCUGGAAUUAGGAAGGACGAUAACAGCAGCAAGGUUAUUCUACGCCAGAACUCGCAUGGAUCCACCGAUUCCAAGUCAAGCAGCGGAAACGAUGAAAACCCAAAGGAGAUGGAAGCUAUGUUUCAAGGUUCUCUCUUUGGUUCCAGCAAUAGAUCUUAUCAAAGGUCCUACUAUCAGAAUUUCCAGUUUGGUUCUACGCGAGGUAGAAAACUGUCGGACUCGUCGGAAACUAGUCAGUCGUUGAACCUAGAGCAGGAGUUAAAAUCCCUGACUAAUGCAACAAAGACAGAGACAAAGCGAGACAGCUGGGUGCAGUCAGACUAUUCCAAAGAGCGUGAGCGGAUAGAGCGUCAGCACGCUGAGGCGUUAAAGGACUUAGAAAAAGAAGAUAAUACAAAUAUUGAAGAGUUAUUUAAGUCUAGGGACUAUCUUAGUGAAUUAGCAGCUGUUUCAAAUAAGAUCAUGGACUAUACAAGUAAAGGUGUUGAAAGUCCAUCUUCAAGUCGGAAGCACUCGCUUGAGAAGUCUUCAGGUAGGGGUCAGUCUAAAUCCUCCAAUAAUAACAAUGCAUUUGUAGCCAACACUGCACCUAAAGAGGAAUCAACCAAGAAACAGCCAAAUGAAUCAUUUACUUCGUCCUUGCACAUUGAUGAAAGUGACUUUGUUCAGUCUAUGAAAGCCACAUUUGAAGAACGAUUGCAGAGAGUUUUACACCAUGAGAGUGAGGACGAUUCCUCGCGACCUACCAGUCUCGUCAGUGAGAAAGACACUCAUCACCACCCUGAUGAACCCAGAGGAAUUCAUUAUAGGAGUAACUCUGUAGAUAGGUCCGAAGUCCUGCGACGUAGGUUAGAAUCUCCUGCGUCCUCAGGAUCAAGCUCGAACACCAAUUCUCCUGUAAGGUCAAAGGACAGUAGCAAAUCUGCCAAAUCCAAUGUGACCAAGUCUCCUUCUCAUUCUCCCAAGAAGUGCAGUCGAAUUGAAGUCAUCCUCACCAUGGAGAAGAGAGAAGCGACUCCAACGUCCCUCCGCGACAACAUCACCAACAAUGCCCAGGAGUUCUCAAAGACUCGUAGAGGAUCUGCCAAAGACACUGCGUCCAUCAAGGAGAAGAACAGGGAGAAGAGGCAUAGGAGACACACUGUCGGUGGUGGCAAAGACAUGCAGAAAGCCGUCAGCGAGCACCUUGCUAAUGAGGAAUCUAAGAAGAUCAGCGCGGUGGAUAGACUAAAACCAUUCGGUAAAGAGAACUUGAAAUCCACCUCCAAACCUCAAGACAUCAAAUCAUGGUUAGAGUCAGAACGACAUCGCAGCACCAACAGCAGCCCUAAUCUCGUAAGCACGGUUCAAGCAUCCAUCGCAAGGUUGCAUGCUCCAGAAACAGACAAACAGAGGAAAGAAAAGGAGCUCCGCAGGAAAAGCACUCCUGUUCUAGGUACAACCGAUUUCAACAAUGAACCUCACAAACUCUCCAGGAUGCCAAGAUACUUUGAAAUUGAAUCAUACUUAUAGACUGAUCGAAGGGUCUUUGUAAAUUCAGCUACUGAAAUUUUUUACAGUAACCAUGACAUAAUUUAUACAUAUAUGUUUAUUAGCUGAGGGAGAGAAUGUGAGAGAAAAGUUUUAUAGAUAUAUAUGAAAAUAUAUUCCCUUGGUAAGUUAUUCUUGCUUGUUAACCACAAGAGAUUUUCCAGUCAUAGCUAUUUAUAUGUUAGUGUGUUUUGUCCAUUUUUGUCCAGAAUGUUUUUAUGUAGAUUGCUACAAAGUAGCAUUGAGUGCUAUACGGGUCUAAGUUAUUGACUAAAGCUUCAUAAUUUUACACAAUAAACAGUAAAUUCAUCUGUCUGUUAGUAUACAGGAUAUCAGUAUUUUUUCUUCUAGACUUCUGUACGGUUUUAAUGACUAGGGUUUUUUUUUAAAGAAGCUGGAGUAGACAAUGAAAGUUGCAAAUACUUGAAACUCUAGCUUCAAUUUGAUGAUUGUAAGGACUGUGUCAUUCAAUGGAUGCAGCUCAUCACAUCAAGGCGUGUUACACAAGGAGAUAUGAUCAAUAUUUUACAAUUGAUUGUAACUUUCAUACAUGAUUUGUCAUAGAGGAAAUUACACAUAUUUGUACCAUUAAUUGUAUUUUCCAUGUUACAGGCAGAGCUGCCAAGAAGUACCGAUUUUCAGUAUCUAGUACUGAAAAAUGAGACGAAUACUGAUGGUUUCAUGCUAAAUACUGAUUUCUCAAGUUCCAGUUUUAUGUGUUGUCCUAUGG